CGGUGCGGAAGUGGUUGUGUGCGAUGGUGACGAGAAAGUAAAACGCACUGAGUCCCCCAAGAAGCGUUCAGUUUUUGUGAAAAUUCAGGAGCAAAACAGUCUCCGAACGUGGCAAAAGUGAGUGAAAAAGUAAAAAUAGAGCCCAUUGCAUCGAGUGUGACUGCAGUUCCAGCGGAAACUAACAGAGUGGUCAUCGAUACAUGAAUCGGCGAAAGCAGUAGUAAUAGUAGUAGUAACAGUAUUCGUAUAUGUUUAUGUGCGUUUCUAUGUGCAUUUGACUGCUCUGCAUACGAGCGCAGAACACUGUACAUACCGCGAGGAACAAGAGCAGAGUCAGACACAGAAAAGAUGGCCGAUCUGGACGCAGUGAAUCUCGGUCUGGACGAAACAGAACGGGAUAUUGCGGAAGCACUGGAGAAUAGUUACGAUACAAGAAGUGAAGCGUCACAUGCAAGUUCCGAUAGUACCACUACGAAUCCUAGCAUCAGUGAGGUAAGCUCAGAUUCCUCGGAUGAGGAUGAUGACGAAGAAGACGAUGAGAAUACCGAGCGGAGAAAUUCUGCUGGUAAAAAACAGCAAAAGAAGAAAGCCAAGAAGAAGGAAGAGAAAGAAUCCAAGAAAGAUGGGGAAAAAGAUGGCGGAAGUAGCGGUGCCACUGCUUCCGCGAAUAACAGUACUAAGAAGGAGCGGAAAUCUCGCAGCCGAAGUCCCCAAGUGGUGGCCACAAUGGCCGCUACUACGGAAAAUAAGCGUCGAACGAAAAACAGCUCCGUGAAAAACUCCGUCAAGUCGUAUGACUAUAUCACGAAAAUUAACUAUCUUUUCCGGGAGACUCGCUUCUUCCUAAUCAAAUCCAAUAAUACGGAAAAUGUAACUAUUUCCAAGACGAAGGGCGUAUGGUCCACUUUACCUCCGAACGAAGCCAACUUGAAUCAAGCAUUCAGAGAGAGUCGGAAUGUUAUUCUUGUGUUUUCAGUAAAAGAGAGUGGUAAAUUUGCAGGAUUUGCUCGCAUGGCUGCUGAAGCUCGUCGGGAUCUUCCAGCAGUAGAGUGGGUACUUCCACCAGGAAUGUCGUCAAAGGCUCUUGGAGGUGUAAUCAAAAUUGAUUGGGUGUGCAAAAAAGAGCUCCCCUUCACAAGCACAACCCAUUUAUAUAAUCCUUGGAAUGAAAACAAACCAGUCAAAAUAGGCCGCGACGGACAAGAAAUUGAACCAAAAGUGGCUGAAGAGUUAUGUAGGUUGUUCCCGGAAGAUACAGCUGUAGAGAUGACACCGAUUCUGAAGAAAUCUAAGGAAGCUUCGAAAUUGAUGAAAGAGAAGGCAGCAUCAAAAUCGUUCAGGCGUCCGCCGAACUUUUCCCGUCCAACCAGUACUAUGAUGCGAGGUGGCCGAGGUGGGGGUGGCGGUGGUCCGAUUCGCGGUGGACGAAGAAAGAUUUUCCCAGGAAAAGGGCGUCCAGCAAUGUUUCCUCCGUAUCGUAAGGAUAUGAGACGUGCACACGGCCCUCGUAUGCCUCCGGGAGCGGCGGCAGCAGCAGCGGCUGCCAGUGCGGCGAGUUUCCAUGGUUGGGAGCGAUACAGCAGUACCGCUGCUGCCGAAGCCUACGUUGCUGAUUAUAUGCGAAAUAUGCAACAUCAGCUACCUCCUAUGCCGUACGCUCCACCUCCUGGUUUCCCAGGUAUUCCAAUGCCGUAUGAAGGAUUACCACCUCCACCACGAUACUACGAAGGGUUACCCAUUCCAGAGUAUCCUCUACCGCCGGGUGCUAUUCCCGGAAGCGUAACUGGAGCGGCUGGAGUUCCACCUCCUCGUGGUGGCCCUUACGACAAAUAUGAAGAAUUCAUGUGGAAGCCACCACCUGGAGGUGCUCCAGGAACCGCACCAAUACCCACAUCCACUGCAAGCAGUACCAGCUUGCCCUCGAUGAAGGGUCCACCACCGCCACUUCCGAAUUAUCAUGUCCCACCGCCAUCGAUGCCACCAGUGGCUGGCGGAAGCGGUGCUCCGUCCCAUGGACGCAAAAACGAUCGAGGUGGCGAUGAUAACCGCAGUCAGAGAGAUAGAGACCGGAACCAUCGGAACGAUCGCAAUCACCGUGGCGGUAGAGGCUACAAUAAUAGAGAUCGGCGAUGAUUUGGAGCAUCAUCUACAUCCAAAUGGAAUACAUCCAUUAUAAAUCGCUAAGCUUCUUCCCGAUCCUUAAUAUGAGGUUCUGCUUGGCGACAAUUCAUCGAUAGAACUACCACACGCAAUUAAAGUUUUGUUUUCUGACGCUAACGGGGCAACAGAACCAACUGCAUGAAUCUUUAUCAUCGUUAACUGGUAUUGGAUAAUAUUCGCACGCUGGGAGCUUGCAGAGAAACUUCGUACAAUCUCAACGGGACCUUUUGGAGUGCACCGGACAAAGUACGAAAAGACACCCCGUGCUGAUUAUUAUGGUUCAGUGAUAUCAUCGAUCUCUCUGGUGGCGUUUUGCUUAUUAGUGGAACGGAAGAAGACAGUGCUUUUCAGUGUUUGCCUUUUGCUAACCCAUCCCAUUUGAAAACGACAGUGAAAAUACCGAAACAUCAUUUCAAUCUCUUCCGGAUAUGCUAACGCAAUGUUCGACGGUUCCUCUUAACAAACUUCGGCUUUGAAUAUAGUGCGGUUCGGUUGCCGAAGAAAAUAAGUGAUUGUUCUAUACGUUAUGGAUUUUGUUGGAAGAAGAAAAGAAGAACGAUAAUUUAUAUAUAAAAAAGUUUGGGAAGAACUUUCCUGUUACAUCUAAAAGUUACAAAAAAGUAUUCUCACGUCAAUAUGAAGAAAGCUAAGCAAACAUCCUUGUGAUUGUCUGUCGACGGUAAAGCGGAAGUAGCAUGGACAAAGUGCUAAACAUGGAUCUCGAUCAAUUCCGUGGUAAUAAGAAGAAAGUGUGUUUACAGACAAUCUGAAGAUACAAAAGAAAAAUACAUAAAAUAGUUGUGUAAUUGUGUUUAGAAAGUUUAAAAUAGCAAACAAUGCUACAAUUAUAACUACUGCUAGUAUGCUACUAAGAUAUUUACCCUAAAAUACGCAACCAAUACAUAACAAAUAUGUAUCGACAGGCAAAGCAAACACAAAUGAAAUUUAAAUUAUGAACUUUUACUAGUAAUCCAAUAAAGGUUAAAUAACAACCCAA